CUUUGAGGAAGAAAAAAGAUCAGCACUUCAGCAGUUACCACACAGAAUGAAAUCCCAAAGAAAACCCAGCUAGGCAGGAAGGAAGAAAAGAAUCUGGGAUUUUGUUGCGGUUGCUGAGGGAGGAGGGAGGGGAAGCAACAAAGGAAACAAACAAGGACAGGACAGAACAGAAUCUCGGGAAAUGCGGUCGUUGCCUUUGGGAAUCCCUCUUCCUCCCACCUCUUCCUUCACCGGCAAUUCCGUGGACUCUAAUCCCACUCUCACUCUCAAGCGCCCUCAUCAGCACUUCUCUUCUUCUCCUUCUUCUCUAGGGAUUUCUCAUGGCGAGCCCUCUGUUUUCAUCCAUUCUCUUCCCAAAUCGGGAAUAUGCAGAGCAAGUCAAGUGGCGGAGUUGUUCCCAACUCUGUCACCAGAGAUAACGGUGAGGGAGGCAAGGGUUGAGGACUGUUGGGAAGUGGCAGAGACUCACUGCAGCUCCUUCUUCCCUGAUUACUCCUUCCCAAUGGAUUUCGUGCUGAGAAUGGAUAGGAUAGUUGGAAUGCUGCUUGGCUUCUCUGUACCUGCUGGUUGCAAGAAAAUCUGCCUUGUGGCUGUUGUUGGCAGCAGCUCCAUUGAUCAAUCCUUCUACAUUGGUAGCGAGGAUAUCAAGAUUGGAGGGUUUGAUGCCAAGUUCACUCUCAACAAGGGAUAUGUUGCCGGGAUCUUGACCGUGGACACUGUUGCCGAUUUCCUUCCUAGAAAAGGCCCACUGCGCCAAAGAAGGACUGGAAUUGCCUACAUAUCGAAUGUAGCAGUUCGAGAGAGGUACCGGCGAAAGGGGAUAGGAAAACAGCUUGUAGCCAAGGCAGAAGCAUUGGCUAAGACUUGGGGCUGCCAUGCCGUUGCUCUUCACUGUGAUCUGCGUAACCCUGGUGCUAUCAGACUGUACAGAGGGCAAGGGUUCAAGUCCAUCAGGGUGCCUGAGGGUGCAAACUGGCCUCAGCCUAGAACCUCCCCAGAUGUUCAAUUCAACUUCAUGAUGAAGCUGCUAAACUCCACAACGAACUAG